AGUCCGCCUGCUGUUAUUCGCCGUUUAAACUUGGACACCAAAUCAUUCGCCGCGGACAAGUAGUGCGCUGACAUUGAUCAAAAGUCAUAAUGGUGUCCGACGAUGGCGCCGGAAAACCCUCGAAAACGUUUUACAUCGAAAACAACAUAAUUAAAGGAGUCAAAACGAAAUUCGAUUCAUCGGCGACUGGCGUUGGACCAUUGAUCAUGAAAGUUUUUAAUGACAAACCAAAUGUCGUGGCGCAAAUCGAGGUAGAAACCGGAAAGCACACUACUUAUCAAGAAAUGAAAGAGAGGAGCAUUCGGUGUGCGCUGUGGCUGCUCAAGCAAAACGUAGGAAGCGGCGACGUCGUCACUAUUUGUACGCACAACCACUUGGAUUCUUAUGUUCCGUGCAUCGCCACAUUUUUCGUCGGCGCGAUUUACAAUCCCUGGCAUCACGAAGUCACUUUGAAAACAGCUCGACACUUGAUGAGUUUGACCAGGCCAAAAGUUAUUUUCGCGUGCGAAAGCGCUGUCGAGGUGCUGAAGGAGGCUGCUCGGUUGGAAGGGGUCGAAGCGAAAAUGGUUGUGUUUGAGAAACACCUCGAAUUGAAAACCUUGAAAGACAUCAUGAGGCUGCAAACGAACGAAGAAGUGGAAACAUUUAAGUUGCCGGAAAUCAAAGAUCCAUCGGGAAUCGCUAUGAUAUUGUUUUCGUCGGGAACGACUGGCUUGCCGAAAGGCGUUGCGCAUUCUCACAGGUCCCUUUAUAGAAAUACCAGCUCGUUUGGCGCGAUGGACGAUUCGAAAACCCUUUGGUACUCGUCUCUGUAUUGGAUCAGCGGGACGUUCUGUCUGCUGCGCUCGACGCUGUGCGCUGCAACGCGCAUCCUCCACGCAAAUUUCGAUGCCGUGGAAACUUGCAAAGUUAUCGAAAAAUACAAGGUCGAUUGGUUCUUUGUGACACCAGUCAUGAUGAUUGAUUUCUGCAAAUCAAAAUCCCUCAAGAAGCAUAAGCUCGAUUGUUUGAAAGUCGUUCUUACUGGUGGCUCAAAAGUGAGCAGACCUAUAUUAAAGGAAUUCAAAGAAAGCCUGCCCAACUGCGCGGUCGCCCAAGCUUAUGGUAUGACCGAGUUGGGAGGAGUCGUUAGCGCUCAAACAAAGGACUGCACGAAAAUUGAGUCCGUGGGAUUCGUCAUUCCAAACAUGCAGCUCAAAAUCAUUGACGAGCUUAGCAACAAGGCGCUAGGUCCGAACGAGGUUGGAGAAAUGUGUGUGAAAUCGGACGAUAAGAUGCUCUGCUAUUACCGUAACCCAGAAGCUACGAAAGCGACGAUUGACGAGGACGGCUGGAUACACACGGGAGAUAGGGGCUACUACGCCGAGAACGGCGAGCUGUUCAUCGUUGACAGAAUCAAGGAAGUGAUGAAAUUCCGUGGACACCACGUCUCGGCUAUUGAGAUCGAAGAGGUCCUGUUGCGUCACCCUGACGUUAUAGAGGCGGCUGUGGUGCCGGUCCCUCACGACACUGAUAUUGAGCGCCCAAUGGCCUUCGUUAAAAAGAUAGCUGCGUCGAAGGUGACAGAAGAAGAGCUGGUCGAGCUGAGUUCUGAGCUCGGGACCUACAGGAAACUUUGGGGAGGUGUAAAAUUCAUCGAGGAGAUACCGCACACCGCGUCCGGCAAAGUAUGUCGCAAAGAACUGAAAGAAAUGGCCAAGCUUUGCAGCCAAUAAAGUUUUUGCGCUCUGUGAAUUAUUCACGUCGGUGCGUGGGUCGUCGUGUGACAUUUGGAUACUCUGGAUACGGUAAUAAAUGCAAGCAGGCCAGAGCGUUGCACAGUU